AUGGACGUGGAAAUCCUAUGCACAUCGGGCAAGUGCUUAGGUGACAGCCACAUUGAAGUCAGUGAUGAAGACCGCGACUUCGGCUCUUCUCGCCGUGAAAAUGUGAAGAAAACAGCUGUUGGGUCCAAAGGAAGUCGUGAUUUGAGGACAGAUCAGCGCUACUUGAAAGAAGAUGUCUUACAAAAACGACGUGAGCUAAUCAAGGGAUUUUUCGACAAUGCUUACGAACCCAUUGAAACAACACCUCUUCGGGCUAUACGAAUGCAAUCUCCGAAGCACUCGAAAGCCCGCGUUGCUAUGGAAGUGUUCUUGGACAUCAUGAAUGAGUUAAAAUUGACUGCUACAUGGAAUCGUGUAUAUGAUUUCACAAAUACUUUGUUACCGCUUCACUCUCCGAGUUCCCGGAUUGAAGACGGCGAUGAUGAAGCUGCUUGCGACAUUUGCCUGGCGAUAGACAGUGAACCAGAUGAUGAGAUGGUGUUUUGUGACGGUUGCAAUUUGUGCGUUCACAUGUCUUGUUAUGGUUUGCAAGAACUGCCACCGGACGAGUGGUUAUGUCGCAAUCCUUCAUGCUUGUUGUGUCCAACUAUAGGCGGUGCAUUGAAGUGCACAGACACGAAUCAAUGGGCGCACGUUGUGUGUGCGUUAUGGAUUCCAGAGUGCCGGUUGGAACUUGAUCCGUUACUCGUAGCUGACGUCUUUGCCUAUUGGGUGAAAAAGCGCCUGCAUCUGAACAAUGGGAAACCACUCAUUGAAAACUUGCAAGAUGAAAUCAAGGUUGUCGAACCGGAACCACCACAGCUGAGUUACUGUUAUAUGAAGUAUGUUCUAAUGUUUUUCUUCGCUUCUACAGCAGGUUAA